AUCGGCCAAUGGGCGAGCCGGACGCGCCGCGGGACCCGCCCCCCCGCCCAGCACGGACCAAUGGCGCCGCGCCGUGCCCGUGAUUGACAGUUGAGAGCGCCGCGGGGCCCGCCCGCGGAGCAGCGGCCGCCGUGUCCAGGCAACUCGCAUGUCCUGGGAAGCGCCGGGAAGCGCGCACACACCGAUGCUGCCCACUGCCCAUGGCUUUCAGGGAUGUGAAUGCAAGGAGACAUAUUGGACUCCAGCAACUCUCAUCCUUGGCAUCGACUGGAAGAGCAUUUCUGGGGCCAAUGAAAUCUCAUAAAUUCAUUGUGGAUGAAAGCACCAACCAAAGCACAUUGAUUUGUUCUGCUGUUAGACUGAUUGAAAGUUUGGAUUUGACUAGUGCUGCUGGACAGCUUCUUAAUGAAACCAUUCAGGCACAGAACAAGGAGUUUAAGACUGGGAUGAGUACCCUGUUGUUCCUCGUUGGUGCGUGGAGCAGUGCCGUGGUGGAGUGCCUUCAGCAGAAUGUUCCUGUUUCAGCAAUAGUGUCUGUGAUGUCUGAGGGGUUGAACUCUUGCUGUGAGAGAGUCCAGUGUCUCCAAAUAUCAAUACAUGAUGUAAAGAAAGAGCUGUGUUCUAGCAGAGUUAGGCCAAACGCUUUUGAAUGCAAAGCUUGCCAAGUUGGAUGUGACAGUCUUCUAAAUCCUCAGGGUUUGCUGUAUUUUCAGAAAUGCAUUUCUGAACCAGAAGUAAUUUCAAUAAGUUGUUGUUCCCAUCAAGGAGAUGAUUGUCAUUUUAACAAGGGCCUGGUUUCACCCUUGGUUGGCUUUGGUUCAUCAGCUUCUCUUGUCAAACCAGAGGGUGACAGAAGUUCAUCUGUGAUUCCUGGAAGUGGUGUUAUCGCAUCCAGCUGUAUCAAACAGAAGUUAACCCACAGCAGACACUUCAGCACUUUAGGAAAAAGCCAUUUUUCAGGUCAACAAGGUAAUUUUCAGGAAUACCUUUUGAAACCAUCAGCAGAUCCAUGUGAAUGCUCUGAUUUAGGACACCUGGCAAUGGCUCUGAGUCAUGGAAAUCAGACCGGUGUGAAACUGCUCCAGAGCAUUGUUGAGUAUCAGCAAGAGAGAGCAGAGUGCAGGGGCUCUUCCCAGCUUAAUAUCACAGAGAUUGUGACAUGCUCUUUGCUGGGCCUGCCUGAAAGCUAUUCCUGUGUCUCCCAGGGCUUUGUCACAUUAGUGUCACCAGAACAAGCCAAAGUCAUCAAACACUUUAAAGACAAAUCCCUCCGGAUCCUGCUGGUGGAUGGUGACCUAACGGAGCAGUAUCGUCACUUAGGUUUUAACAGACCACAUAAUGUAAGGACCAUAUUGGAGCAUCCUAACCUAGAGGGAGGCAGAGCAGGAGACACAUGGCUAAGCAGAAUGUUAGAUAUUCUCGUGAGCUUUGAAGUAAACCUAGUUUUGGUCAAAGGAAGCGUGUGCAAAAACUUACUGGACAGAUGCACCGCAAGCAGGAUACUGGUAAUAGGUCCUGUGCCUCGGGAUGUGUUGUGUGCCUUUGGGGAGGUCACUGGUGCCCAGCCAGUGACAUACCUGAGCCAGCUGAACCCUUCCUGUGCUGGGAACGGGGCCCAGGCGGAGCUGUGGGAGGCCAGUGAUGGGCGUGCGAUGGAUCUGGGUGAGCUUGUGCCGGUCCGGAUCGACGUGCGAGGCAUCCCCCUGCUCACGGCCGUGCUCACCACUGCUGUGGCUUCCAAGGUGCAGCUCCUUGAGGACCAGUUCUGGACUUCAGUGUAUCGACUCCACCACGCUUUAAAAGAUGGGAAGGUUUUUCCUGGGGGUGGUGCAGUGGAGCUCUUGUGCCUCAGCCACAUCCAGGUGCUCACAGAGCAGCCUGUGCGACCAGCAAAGGCUGGGAAAGAGUUUCCCAGUCCUUGGCUGGCCACACCUGUGGCAGAGUAUAAAUCCCUUGUGCUCCAAGCACUAGCAAGUGGCUGGAAGAGGUACCUUUCCGUGGUCCUGUGUAACAUGGCGAAGGCUCCGUCGGAGUUGGAAGCGCGUGCAUUAGUGGAUCAUCACCUCAAGAAAGCAGUGGAUUGUGGCUCUCCCUCAGCAUAUAUACUGGAAUUGUUUAGAAGAGGUGAUGUGCUUGGGAGUGGCUCUGGUCCCUUUGCUGACCAUGGCGAGGGUUUAAAGGUUUACGAUAACGUUGCAGCCAAGACAGAGGUGUGGAGGAGAGCCCUGGACUUGGUGCUGCUCGUGCUUCAGACUGAUGCCGAAAUUAUCACGGGCCCCAAAAGGAAUGAGCUGUUGAACUCGCCUGUGUCAAGUGAAUUUAUGUUCUUAUAGGACUUCGCAGUCCCUGAGUCAGCAGGGCAAGUCCAGGUUCAACUUACAUAAUUUAUAAAGCAAACACUGAGAUGUGAUUAUGACUUUGGAGCGUAACAGCAGAAAUCAGAAUGAGAGACAGUCACAAGGUAAUUUCUUAUUUCUAGAAAUGGGAAUUAAAUAACAAAAAUCAGUUAUGAGUUUACCUCUAACUCCAGCCUACUAAUAUUGUCUGUAUAGAUGUCUCCUAGUGUCUUCUAAAGAAAGGUAGGGACUUCUUACAUGACAUUGGUGUGCUUGUGUUAAAUUAAAGAAUAUAUAUAAUGCAAUUAAUUAUGAAUUAAUACCUUGUUCUUAAUUUCUGUACAUUGCAAGCAUAAGAGUUAAACUUGAGUGUUACAUUUUACACUAAGAGAUCAUAUUAAUAGAUUCUAUUUUUGUAUAUUUCUAUGGUCCAUAUAUCUCUUAUUUUCCAAUAUAUACCCUUUGGAAUUUCUCUGGAUUUGACAAAUUCAUGCUGAAUCCUUCCUUUUGGUAUUACAGACUGGGUGUAUCUGCACAAAAUUUUCAAUUUUGCAUCACGAACUGGAUUUUUAGGUUGUUUCCUUGGGGUCUUUCAGUUAUCUUUGUAGAGAGGAAAAUGAUCUGUGUUUUAGGUGUUGGCUAAAAACCGUAAACAGGUCUAUCAUGAUUGAGGCAAGGCAUUUUUACUGUGUUACAGCACUUAUAAUUUGGAAGCAGAGCCCUGAAGAACUGGCACUUCAUUGAAAGAAAGAGGUGUGUAACUAUGGAGAUUUUUUUUUUUCUGAACUUGGCAUUCUGAAUCAUGCUUAAAGUGAAAUGUCUCAGUUCUGGUGAAAACAGAACAGAAAACAAAUGGAAAUGGUGAUGUUAAAGUGUAUUCUUGCUUUCAGGAACUUUCUCAUUAAACUGCUGAUGGCUGGCAUACAGAUGAUGAAAUUCACCCUCAAAUAAGGUUUAAAUAUAUAGAGAGAUGAGUAUGUACAUUAAAGUAGUGUUAUAUCUUUGACCUGAAACAGCAAAUCUUUUGGUUUUCUAUCAAACUCCAGAAUUCAGUGGAUUUGGGGAAAAUCUCAUCAGUACUGUAGGGGUCUAUAAUUUUAAUUUGGAACAGUAUUUCCUAGCAGCAUAGGGGUCUAGUUAUAUGGAAGUUUUGAUCAGCCUGCAAUUACAUUUUCAUUAUUAAUCAGUUGGCACAUUGAUGUUUAACUGCUUGGUGUACUGAGACACGAGAGGGAAAGAGUCUGGUAGAUCAAAAGAGGCAAAAGGAGCUAGUGGCUGUUAAGUGAGAAUGAAGUGGAAACACAGCAUAUAAAUAAAUAUGAACAGACUCUGUGCUCUGCAAGGGUUUGCAGCUCAUGUUUGGCUUUAUACUGGGUUUUUUUUUGAACCUCCCGUACUGAGAAUUGCAUAACCCCAGUUCCCAAGAAAAGAUCCACUUGCACUUUAUUUGAAUAAUAGAGUUAAGUGUGUUGUGGAAAAACUGCAGACAUGAAUUGUAUUGAGGUGGUCCAAACAUCUAUUUAUGGGGCUCUUAGACACUGAGAGCUGACGCACCAAGUGUUGAGAAAGUCCAACAUGAUGUAAUUUUUCCAAUCAGGCUUGUAAAAAGCACAUAAUGAUAUAUUUAAAUGCCGUGAUGCCGAAACCAGGACAAGGGGUUUUCUAAAAAGCUGUCAGACAUGAUAUUUUGAUUAAUUAACACUUGCUUAUCUACAGGCCCACGAAAUGGAAAAUUUUAUAAACUGGCUAGAUAUUGUAUCCCGGGUUACUUAAAAUUAUUUCUCCUCAAGGCAUCCUCUUCUGCAGUUUGGAGUACAAUAUACUAGUACAGUAUAGUUCCCCAGCCUCAAAUCUCUUAAACCUCUUUGCAACAUGGAAGGAGAUCCUGUGCGUGUCUGCCGUGGCGCUCGGCGCCGGGAAUGAUUUCAACAUCUGCCACGGGCGAUUUCGGCUUCUGCCAGGCAGAGGCUCCUCCUCUGUGCACAAAGGCUGUUUGUGUAGAGCGUGAUGUGAUGGCAGGGCUGAACUUUUACAUGUGAUGUGCUUGGGAAAUUGGGAAAUGGCAGAGAUUUCAGGGAAAGGAUCGUCCCAAGGCAUUGGCAGCAUCUCACCCCCUGCUGAAACCAAGUCCUAAUCAGGUGCCUUGUUUCUCCCUUGCAUCCCAGUGUCAUCAUUUCCAGCUCACUCCUCCUAUUUAUGGCUGAUGACAUUUUCUCUUUAUAAGGCCAAUUUUUUAGGUCUCUGCUCCUUGAGGAUUUCCUGAAAUGUGGUGGAGGGCUUAAUCAUGGCAAUAAGACCCUUGUCCCAACCUGGGCCAGCCUAGGGGGCACAGCCUACCUUCAUAUCCUGGCUUUAUAAGGACUGAUAGCCUGGUGAUCAGUGGUUGUCAAGAGGCACCUGAUAGUUUGCCUACUUCAAGUAUACUGAAAAUUGUGAGCUAGGAAAUGUAGGAGACAGUGGUCCCCAGGUAGACAAAGGAAUGACUGGGGGAGACUGGGGGCUGGGAAGGUUAACGUAGUUAUGGAGCAGGGAGGGCUGGAGGAGAAAACUUGAACUCACGAGAGAGUUGGGAGAGUCAAGACAGUUUAUUUGUACUGACCUCCUGCUGAUAUCCCAGGCCAGAGCUGCUGGAGAGGCUGGGAGAACAUUUUCCUUUUUCUUAGUGGGAAGAGGGGCGGAGAGGGGAAUCUAAUCUAGGAGAAAAGUUACGGAGUGACAAGAGAUUUUCAGCUCUGCUCCGAAGGACAACUGGCAGACCUGAGUCAUCCCAUCAGUUACAUCAUCAGCAAAAGAUCAUUCUUACAGCACCAAGACCUUCUUCCAUGAAAAGCAGGUUGGCUUCCCAUAACCAACUCAGGCAGGACAUCUAGAGGAGUUGAAACAACUCUACCAAGUAUCAAGUGAAUUAAAUGUAUUUUUAUGUGGGGUUUUUUUUUUAAUCUUUUUUGUGUUUAAACUCUAGAAUGCCCUGCUACAUAGCAGUGCCAUACUCAAAUGUCACUGAGCUGCUCCUUCAAGGAGGGGCUCGCUGUUUCUGGAACCUGGACUGCUGUGCACUGCAGGCAUUUCUGGGAGUAACAGAGACUCACUACAAGCCUUACAAUUUGUAUAAGGCAAACUGACAGGGAGUCUUAAAUUGUUGUUUUUCUACAGCUGCUGUAAAACGGGGAUCUAGUACUGACCAGCUGUAAGUGUGGUUUGUUUUUUUAAUCAGAACCACAGGCUUCACGGGGUAUUCUUUACUUUUGGAAGGACCAGGUUGUGACUGUGUUCAGAAGUGUGGCACGGUGAUAUGUUUGCUUUGUCCCUUCUGCGACUUCUUUGUGUUAAUUCUUUCCCUGGGGAGUUAAGCUGGAUUUUUAGCUUUGGUAGCUUCCAGAAAGGCCUUUUCCAACCUUAAGGAUUCCACGAUUCUAUGAUUCUGUGAAUGUGACCAUCCAUGCUGCUGUUCCUACAGCUCUUUUUUCACAGCCACUUGUAGAAGUGUCACUUACUCAUAGCACUUUAAGACAGAGGGAAUAUAUUCCAGUUUUAUUCCUCUCUCUCCAUAGAUCAGCAAUCCUUUUGAGACAAUUCCACACCAGCACAGUUAGAGCAUGGUUUGUAUGACCUAAUUUGGAAAAGUCAAAAAAUUGGACUAAAUUCUGCCACUUUCCACCAGCAUUGCUGCGUUAAUUAACCAUUUAUUGCAAAGGUGCAGGACCAAGAUCUUUUUCUUUCAAGGUGGUGUGUUAACCACGAGUAGAUCUGCAGUCUUAAAGUGCUUUUUCUUUGUAGAUAAUGCUACUCCAAGAACUAAUGUCCACAGGGAUGCUUUCAGCACAGUUGAAGGGAGAGAACAGCUCAGGUACGUGCACAAACUAGAGACUGGGUUUGAUACUGAAUGGUGGAAGGAAGAAAAGAACACAUUUCUCUACUUUGACUUCCUACCCGUUGAGUCUGCUGGUAAUGUCCAUUUCUUUAGGUAUUUGAAAAACACCCCUAGUGGUGUCUUGAGCUGCAUUUCAGUGAUGCUUUGCUGUGAGUGCUGGGAUUCAGUUCGUUGCAUUAUGUUCCUGAAAACUUUGUAGGGACAGGGAUGGUUUGGGACAGAAAUGCUUCCCUGAGUGGAGGGAAAUAAUAAUUCCCCAACUUCUCCUCCUACAUCAAGCCCCUGAUGAUCCUUGGGGAGUGGCUUUUUGUCACAUUUAAUCCAAGCCUGGGCUCCCCAGCACCAUCCCCAGCAGCCAUGUGUUCCCAUGGUGAGCCAUGUUUGGGAGGAAUCCUUGAGUGCUUUUCAGAGGGGUGGGAAGAAGGGCUGGGCCAGGAUCAUGCACAGAUGGUGAAAGAGCUCCUGGGAAGGGGGGGGGGAAACCGAGGCCUGUAUUUUGUUUCCCUGCCUAGCAGAGAUUCAAAACAAAGAACUGUUUAGAUGAAAAGGAAUUCUUUCCUUGGGGACCCAGUGCUACUCCAAACAAUAGGAUUAUUUUUUCAUUAAUGCAAGAGCAGUAAAGAUAGCAUGCAGUUUUUAUUUAGAAGUAAUGGGAAGACCGGCCCCUGACUGUCUUUUAUUCCAGCUCAAGUCAGUAGGAUGGGGGUUAGUGUUGUUCACAACUUUUGUCUGCUGUGUUGUGAGACCAAAUAUUUAACCAGCAUUGCAGAUUUGGAGAGGUGACUAAAAAUAACAGGGUUGGUGAACUUAUUUGUUCCCAAGGUGUGAUCUGAGUCACUGCUUUUACUGACUAAACUUAAAACAAAAACAAACAACAGAGCCCCCCUGUUUGUUCAUACUGGAGAACCAGAAGAACUCCAGAGGAAUACCUGUCUAUUAUUAGUAAAUCCUAAUUUUUUUUGAAGAACAGCAAUCCCUCCAGUAAACUGAAAGGAAUUUUGCCUUGUUUUGGGUAUUAAUUCCUGUAUUCCACUUGCUGCUCCCUGCAUUUGCAGUUCUGUCUGUGGGCUCCAGCUCAAAGAUCCGGCUAUACCAUGCACGUACUGUUUUAGGGGAAGUGAACAAAAUUCCAUGUGCAAAAUUCCAUAUCAGUAUAAUGUCUUUGAUUCCCUACAGUGAUGAAAAUUAGACUAGUACCCCUGCAGCAAUACUAAUAUAUUGAUUAGAUCAGUUUAAUUAACUGGCAAAGUCCUCCUAUGUGACAUUAUUCCAGUUCCCUGAGUAUGACUUGCUCAAGGUAAAGGGACAGUUAGUGUUCAGAACUUCACAUCUCACUCUCUUCAUCUCUCAGUUUAUGUAAACACUGUUUAAAUAACCAUCCCAAUUGUGUCAUCCAAAUCCUGGUUCAGGGGUACUUGCUUUCUGGAGCUGUUUAGCUGAGUGCUGCCAGAGGCCAGGAAACUCUGAUAUAAUUGGCAAUAAGAGAGCUUUACUGGAAAGGAAGCCCAAAUGUAUCUUUGUUUAUCUGAAGUACCGGGCAGUUAACUUGAAAAAUGGUUUUGUGUGUGAGCCUGCCUAUGCAGUUAUUCUGUUUGACAUCCCAAAUACAAGAGCAGUGCUGUAGAUAGGCUCUACAGAACUGCCAAAUGUCCGGUCAGUAAUUGCUAUACAUGGGGUGGGUUACUGUGGGUAGUAUGGGAAUGACUCUCAAAUCUCAGCUCCAGUGGUGGAUGGUCAGGACUGUUUUCCAACAGAACUUGAGGAAGAACCCUCCAGCCUCCCAGAUUCCGCUCACGACCAUUCAUAACACCAGUGAAACUGUGGAAGAAGAGAGGCUUUUCAAGGCCAGAAGAAGCUGGAGGAAAUCCAGUGUCUCUUGUUUGUUUGAGUCUCAUUAUUAAACAGACUUAUUAAACUGCUGAAGAAAGGUCUUCCAAAAAUACAGGAGCUAGUUUAAAAGUCUGUGACUUGUCUGGGCCGAGGGGUGCUGUUUGAAUUAGCUGUGUUUGCUCACCUGUAAAACAGGACUGCAGACUGCCCUACAACAUGACACUUGGCAUUUACCGCCUGGCCACGGUGAGAGGGGCCAUUGUACAGAUAGGAUGUUCCAUUCCCUGCCCUCCCUCAAACACUCGUGUCCAUCUCAGAUAACAAGCUCAAAUAGGGUUUGUUAUGAACUGGAUUUUCUUUUAAAAGGCCAGUCAAGCUGUUUUUGUUCUGGUUUAUGUGUUGCUAUGAGCCACUACCACACAUUCAGUUCUUCAGUGAGAAUUCACAGAUGCUUUUGCUGCUGCGCAUGUGUGGCAAGAUGUUAUUUUGCUGAUAUGUUGUUCUCAGGAGACCGAAGGGGAAGGGGAAAUCAUACUUUGGUUAUGAAUUAAUACAGGAACCAAUCCCUUUUUUCAUUAAAAACAUCAGUGGAGUUUCUGUGGCUUUGGGGAGUUGGUCCCUAAGAAACAGAUUAUUGCAAAACCAUGAUCAUCCUUCCACCCUCUUCUGAAUCCUGCUAAAGGGUGAAUUUCUGAUCCUUUCUUAGUGGCAAGAAAUGUAAAAUUGAGGACUGCUGCCACUCUUUCUCAGAUGAACCUCUAAUAAGCUCAAAUAGCAGUAACAAUUGGUUAAUGAUAAGAUGGAAAACACUUCCUUCAGAGAUGCAGUAGGUUGAGCUGUGCUUUACACUGAAGAAUUUGAUGAGGAUUAAGAGCCCAUCAUCUCUAGGUUAGAGGAUGUCUCCUGCAGGAAAUGGCAAUUAGGGAGAAUGAUCAGCUUUGAAAACAGUCCUAUCUAGCCUGUUUCUAAUUUUUAAAACUGCAAACUCUUUAGAGAAGAAACUCUUCACUCUGUUCAUAUAGUAUGUGACAAAAUGAGGCCUUGGAUAACAAUCAGAGGUCAGAAUUAUUAUAGCAAUGAAUGAGUGAACAUUUGAUGUCACUUAAGAUUUGGCUUCUUCACCUUGAAAGACAUUUCUUUGAUUUGCAAACCUGACAAAGCUGUUGGAAUUUGUCAAAAAUCCUUCUGCAUUGCUUGGUACAGAAUUCCCACAAGCCUGGACUCCAUAAGGAUAAUAUCUAGAACAGGGUAGUUCUUGGAGAGUAAUAGUAAACUUUGACAGUGAACACAGUAGUUCUUUUUUGGAAUAUAGGGUGAAGAUUAAACCACAGUAGUUAUAAUGUGCCAGGCAGAGCUAUGAGUAGUCAUAGAACAUACAGUGCAAACUCAGUAGAGCAGAACACUUCCUCCACAUAGGAGCUGGCAGGAUGGAAUGAAUGUCAUCCUUUUAAAUACCUUGGAAAUGAAACAAGACCUCAGUAUAUGUGUGGGGGUUUUGAGUUUCACUAAUUCUUUUUAACAUCUCUCUGAAAGAAUUCCCCAUAAUCUGUAAUCAUUUACUUUACAUGUGAUCUCUUUAUUUGUGGCUUUAAUAUUAAUCUCCAGUGUUGGAUCUCUGUCUAUUUGCCUUGGUCUGAAAAAGGCAUUAGAAGUUGCCCCUUGUCAUGUUUCCUGUAUCACUGAUGUGAUGCAGAGCUGGCUCAGGCAUAUUUGACAGGAGUGGUUUUAAUACUGCAAGCAAAAAAUGAACAGACUUUGCUGCUACAGGUUUGAGGAAAAUCCUUACUUGUUCAGUUUGGUUUUGUUGGGGUUGUUUUCGUUGUGGUUUUUUUUUUUUGAAGUGGAAACUUAAAUUGCUUUUUUCGAAUUGUGCUUUCAUCUGUGUCUGGCUCUUCCUCUGCUCUGUUUGCUCUUGAGUCCCCAAAAUUAGCAAGAGUAAUGUUCUAGUUUGCAGUGCAGUAGGAAAGAAUAACUUGACUUUCUAAAAUGUAAUAAACAGUGCAAGACCUGGAACAAGUACAAAACCUUCAGACAAGGUGAAAGCCCCCAGAAGAAUACCUCUAUUCAAAAUGUCUGUGGAUGUCUGCAAAUACUGCCAGGAGCUUAAGUCUUGUCCUUUUCCUUUCCAAACAUGUGUAUUAGGUUUUUCUUUAAAAAUACAUACUGUAUCCUUGAACUCUUCCACGCUCCUAGUCAAAGACGGUAGUAUUUCCUUUAGACUAGUUGAUUCAUAAAUAAAAUAAAAUCUGUGAGACAUUA